GAAUUCUGGAGUGCAGAGAAUUCGCUUUCAGCGGAUACAGUUGUAAAUCAAAAUUCACUCCAGAACCCUACUCUUCUAUUCUCAAUUAUUUCUCUCUCGCAAACAUUGUUGAUUACAAGAAGUCCAAUUAAAGAGCUUUGACAUUGUUGAGUUCGGCCAAAAUGCCGGAUGUUCAAACCCUUGUCAAUGAAUUUUUGAAUCAGCUCAAAAAGCGUAAAAUUGAAGGUUCUCAGGCCACAGCAAAGCAAACAGCAGAGCUGCUCCGGUCUGUGAUUUCACAGCAGAGAGUGCCACACACAAACCAGACCACAGCUUUGAUUAAUGCAGUAAGAGCUGUGGGGGAGCAACUUAUUGCUGCUAAUCCAGUUGAGCUGGCUGUGGGAAAUAUCGUGAGACGUGUUUUGCACAUUAUAAGGGAAGAGGAUCUUUCCCUUGCGACAGCUGCUAUGGCUGGUUUGGGGGUUUCAGCUGCAAGUGAUGAUGAAGAUGAUGUGGAGCGAGGUGAAAAUUCUGUUUUAUCUGCUGCUGUUGUUGCAGCAGCUGCUCGAAGCACAUUGCGUCCACCGUCAUUGCAAACUCUUCUAGAGGAUACCUCUGAAUCAGCUGCUGCUCCCCAUACAUCUUCCUCCGGUGGGGAAUCUGAUGGGAGAAGUAGAUCUGUUGAAAAAGGUUCAAAAAGUCGGAAAUUGAAGCACGAUGUCCUUGAAGCAGUCAAUGAACUUAUUCAAGACAUAUCUACUUGCUAUGAACAAAUAGCUGAGCAGGCAGUUGAGCACAUUCAUCACAAUGAGGUAAUAUUAACGCUAGGCAGCUCAAACACAGUGUUGGAAUUUCUUUAUGCAGCAAAGGAAAAACAGAGAUCAUUUAAGGUCUUUGUUGCUGAAGGUGCCCCAAGAUAUCAGGGACAUCUCCUUGCAAAAGAAUUGGCUGCCAGAGGCUUACAGACCACAAUAAUUACUGACUCAGCUGUUUUUGCCAUGAUUUCCCGAGUGAACAUGGUUAUUGUUGGAGCUCAUGCUGUAAUGGCUAAUGGUGGAGUUAUUGCCCCGGUUGGGUUAAAUAUGGUUGCACUUGCAGCUCAAAGGCAUGCUGUUCCAUUUGUUGUACUUGCUGGGAGUCACAAGUUGUGCCCUUUGUAUCCACACAAUCCAGAAGUCCUACUGAAUGAGCUGAGAUCCCCAUCUGAGCUACUUGACUUUGGAGAAUUCUCAGAUUGCAUGGAUUCUGCUAGUGGCACUGGUUCUCUUCAUGUUGUCAAUCCAACAUUUGAUUACGUGCCACCAAAACUUGUUAGUCUCUUUAUUACAGACACAGGAGGGCAUAACCCGUCAUAUGUGUACCGGCUCAUAGCUGAUUACUACUCAGCUGAUGAUUUGGUGGUGAAAAGAAGACCUACUACAGGGAGUUGAGUUCAGCUACCCCAAAUUUUGUCCUAUAACUGUUGGUGGUGGUGGCCUGUGAUGACAUCAGGUAAAGAUAUGUUCACGAUCAUUUGUGUAGUAGAAAAUGAACCUUGUUAAUGCUGGAAAAUGGGGUGGAGAAUUUGUACACCGUGGAAAUAUCAAGUGAAAAUGAAAUAAAGAAAAUUACAUUUUUGUAGUUGCUGACUUUAUGGACAUAACCUUCUUGUCGUUUUAGUUUUCGGUCCAAUCGUGAGCAUUCAAGGUCCCCCCAUUUUAUAUUUUACAUCUUUGUUUCCUCGUAAAGGAAUGAUAAUACUAUUUUCGUCUUUAUAUGCACAAUCAUCUAGUCUAGUUAUCUGAAUUUUAUUUGUUGUGAUGGUAACAUCCUGUUUAUCAUUUGAACAAAUGAAAAUCAUAGGCUUUUGAGAACAAAGUCUGAGGGGAUGGUUUGUCCUGAAA